AAAAAAAUGAACAUUGAAUAUCAACAUGAAAAAUGUGUAAGCUCAAUUUGUCCUCUCCAUCGAUUUAUUUCUGUUGGCAAGGCAAGUAAUUUUUCUUUUUAUCUUUCUUUCAUGUAUUCAUAUAAAAAGGAUUAGUUGUUGUUGUUGUUCAAUUCACAACCGUUGAUCAGAAAAGAGCAAGUGAAAAGAUACGAGAGGAAAAAUGCAAGGGUGGAGCAAAUUUGAAAUACCGGACAUGGUGACGAUGGACAUCCUCUCAAAGCUUCCAGUUAAAUCCCUGGCACGUUUCAGGUGCGUUUGCAAGCCUUGGUCUUCUUCUUUUCGGACCUCUGAUUUCAUUACUAAACAUCACCAGAACAACCUCACAAACAACAACCUUAAUCUCCUCCUCAAACGUUGUCAUGGCAACACCCGUAAUGACAUCCAUUAUUUCUCUGCACUCUCAACAGAAAAAGGGGAAAACUUUUCAGUAACAGAGAACAUUCAUUUACCCUUUUUUGAGAAUUGUUGGUAUGCCCCUGUAGUUUCUGGUCCUUGUAAUGGAUUACUUUGUUUACAUGAUGCUGGUAAAGCUGCCCUUUGGAACCCAUCGACCAGAGAGUUUAAAAUCCUUCCUCGAUCCUCAGUCAACCGCCCUCCUUCGGUAGAUUCCACUAGUUUCGGUUGCCUUGGAUUUGGUUUUGAUUCUAUAACUGAUGACUACAAAGUUGUAAGAUUUGUUACUAAUUAUUUUGAUGAGAAUGAAGAGGAAGGCGGGCUAGCUGAUUGGAUCCACCAAGUUGAGUUGUAUUCACUGAAAAGUGAUUCCUGGAAGGAAAUUUCAGUUCCUGAGGCACAUCCUUACGCAUCACCUUUAUUCAAUAAUUACGUAAAUGGGUCUUAUUAUUGGCAGGCAACUGGGAAUUCUGAUUACCUUAUUCUUUCAUUUGACAUGGCUAAUGAAAACUUUUCAACUUUACCUUUGCCAACAUUUGGUGGGUCUUUAGCACAAUAUUAUUUGCAACUUUUGGACUUUAAUGGAUCGCUUGGUGCUAUUGUAUACCCUAGGGAGGGAACUGAAAAGUCUAUCGAUUUAUGGGUUAUGAAUGGAUCAUGGACUAGACAAUUCAGUAUUGAAUCUGUUUCUGGAGUUGAGAGGCCAUUGGGGUUUUGGAAGAACGGUGAAUUAUUUCUGGAGAGCUCAAACCACGAACUAGUGCUGUUUGAUCCUGCCACUCGAGAACUUAAGAAUCUUGGUAUCCAUGCUUAUCAGAAUACAAUGCAGCUUAUUGCUUAUGUCGAGAGCUUGGUUCCAAUCAAUGGAAGAUCAGAGCAGGAGGAACAUAUAAUUCGUCGGCGGGCCGGAGAUGCAUCAAAUAGAUAUUGAAAACGAAGAGGUAAUUCAAGAGGAAUAGGGAAAUAAAACGAAAGGGGUCAAAGUUGAAGUCUGGUACAGAGAGGCUAACAGGGUAAAUAACCUUUGGUCCAGGAGAGCUGCAUCUGCUAUGGCUAUCGGCUUAACUAUACUUAUUUUCUCCCCAUGUCGUUUGUUGAUCUAUUAUAUGGUGACAGUAGGUCUAUGAAUCGAUGUUUAAUAUUCACCUUUGUAUGUUUUCUUGACCAUGUGGAUACACUACCAUCUGUACUUAAGCUCAGCGUAAAUAUUACUUGCUCCCCAUAGAUGAAAAGAGUAUAUGCUUGCCUUCAGGCUUCAGCA